AUGUCAUGUCUAUCAUUAUGCAGUAAAAAAAGGAAGACACCUGAAGAAAAGGCAGUGGAAAAUUUAGGAAGACGUGUCAUACGGUAUUCACCCAAAGCUGGGACAGAGGUGGUGGGGAUAUGGAGGAACAUGACAGUGCUGGAUAUAGCCAAUGUUCUAAAAAAGGAUGUUGACCAUGUAUUCCAAGCCCUGGAGUUUGCCGACAAAAAUUCAGAUACAGUUUACAAGCAAGACACAGUCAUACAUAAUCCGCAAAUCAUCAGAGAUGUUAUCAAAAUAUUGGGAUGUCGGUUCAAGCUUGUCGCGCCACCUGAUAAAGUUAUAGAGGAGGAGGAGAACAGGGACGCGGUGCCAGCGCCCCCUUCGCCGGAGUCGGCGCUGCGGCCGCGGCCGCCGGUCGUUUGCGUGAUGGGCCACGUGGACCACGGGAAGACCACGCUCCUGGACGCCCUGCGGAACACCUCCGUGGUGGACCAGGAGUUUGGGGGCAUCACGCAGCACAUUGGCGCUUUUGAGGUGAGGCUGCCGUCCGGCGAGACGGUGACCUUCCUGGACACGCCCGGGCACGCGGCGUUCAGCGCGAUGCGCGCCCGCGGCGCCAGCGCCACCGACAUCGUGGUGCUGGUGGUGGCCGCGGACGACGGCGUCAUGCAGCAGACGCUCGAGUCCGUGCGGAUGGCCAGGGAGGCGGACGUUCCGAUCCUGGUGGCCGUCAACAAAAUCGACAAGCCAGGUGUGAACAUUGAGCGCACGCUGCGCUCGCUCGCGCAGCACGGCGUGGUGUGCGAGUCGCUCGGCGGCGAGGUGCAGGCGGUGGCGGUGUCCGCGCUGCGCCGCCUGCACCUGGACUCGCUGCUGGAGGCGCUCAGCCUGCAGGCGCAGAUGAUGAGGCUGCGCGCCGACCCGGCCGGCCGCGUGGAGGGGGUGGUGCUCGAGGCGCAGGUGCACCCGCACCUGGGGAAACAAGCAACUGUGUUAGUGCAAAGGGGCACUCUGCGUAAAGGCUGUGUGCUGGUCGCCGGUACAGGCUGGGCGAAAGUCCGCGUGCUGCAAACGGCCGAGGGCCGCAGCGUGCCGGAGGCGCCCCCCUCGCGGCCCGUGGCGGUGCUGGGCUGGCGCGAGCUGCCCGCCGCCGGAGACCUGCUGCUGGAAGUCAGCUCGGAGAGGCGGGCGAACGAGGUGAUGAGGUGGCGGCACGCGCAGCGGAUGAAGGAGAAGCAGCAGGAGGACCUGGAAGCGAUCAAGGAGAAGGAAGCCCAGCACCAGACGCAGUACAAGGCGGCCCUGGCGCGGAGGAGGGCCCUGGGCAGGAUGCGAAUCCGGCCCGAAGGACCAAGGGCCAAGAUGAUCCAGCACGACGACCACCCCACCCUCAGCGUGCUGCUCAAAGGCGACGUGGACGGCUCCGUGGAGGCGAUCCUGGACAUCCUGGAGACAUACGACGAGCACGAGAGGGUGCGCCUGGAUCUGGUGCAUUUCGGGGUCGGCCAGGUGACUCCCAACGAUCUGGAGAUCGCGCAAGCUUUCAACGCGGCGAUCUACGCGUUCAACGUCGAGUGCCCGCCCUCGGUGGCCGCGGAGGCGAAGGACGCUGGCGUGCCCAUCAAGAAGCACAACGUCAUCUACCAGCUGGUCGACGACGUCAAAGAGGAGAUCAGCGCCAGGAUACCCAAGCGGCAGGUGGAGGAGCUCGUCGGCGAGGCGAACGUGCUGCAGCAGUUCCUCGUGUCCGAGGGCCGGCGGAAGGUGCCGGUGGCGGGGUGCAGGUGCGUGCGCGGCGCUCUGGCGCGAGCUGCUCUGUACCGCGUGCUGCGCGGCGGCGAGGUGCUGUUCGAAGGCAAGCUGGCCUCCAUGAAGCAUCUGAAAGAGGAGGUGAACACGAUCAAAAGGGACAUGGAGUGCGGCCUCCGCUUCGACGACCCAACGUUCGAGGUGCAGCCAGGGGACACGGUGGUCUGCUACAAGCUGGUGGACGCCAACGACCAGACCAGUUGGGACCCGGGGUUC